GCCUCGUGGUUAUUGUCAUCUAGAACCGGGGUAUCAAUCAGUUACGGUUGUUCAGCGAAAUUUCAAGUUUGCGACGUAGCUUGUUGUGUAUUCAUUUACAAGCAUCAGCAACGAGACUUGUGGAACGAUGGCGAGUGUUGGGUUGGGCAGAGGGCUGGCUACGCCGCUUCUGGCUAUCAAUUUCGCCUUGUACUUGGUAGCGGCCAUUUUGGCAGGAUGGGCGUUGAACAGGAACUUUGAUGCGGCCAUCAACCGCGGUGAAGGCGCAGUCGGAAAUAAUGUUACACAGGGCUUCUUCUUGCCGGUGGCACUUAUCGCCUGCAUGGUGGGAUUAGCGUCAGUCUUGGCUGGGCUUCAUCACAUGCGUGUGUUCAGGAGUGAAUCUCUCGCUGCAGCUGCUGCCACCUCGUUGAUCGCCUGGCUCCUUGUUCUUCUCGCCAUGGGACUUGCUUGCAAGCAGAUCCACACUGGUGGUAACCGCCCUAGAAGAUUGAAAGUGGUGGAAGCCUUCAUCAUCAUCUUGGCUCUUUUCGAGCUCCUGUACCUCCUCUCCCUCCACUUAGGAUUCGGAAGGGCAGGUAGUCACCACGGAGCUGGAACUGGAAUUGGAAUGGGUGGAGUGGGUCAUGGCCACGGCCACGGCCACGGCUCCCAUGACCCUUCCAUCCCCGCUCACAACCACGAACACCACGUCGACUACGGCCGUCACACUGACAUGAAAAUUCCUGUGGGCCACGUCCACAACCCUGCUCACCCAACCACCGUUUGAGCAUCGUCGAUCGAUGGACUCGUGAAUUGUUGUUCUGCUACCAUUCCAAACACUCCGAUCAGGCGUUCAGUCGAGAUGGAAAUUGCACCGAAUGGUUAACGUCUCUGUAUAUGUGUGACCUGUAGUUCUAAAAGGACGAAGUUCAACUUGUCGAAGCCAUAGUUUUUCGAGGUUUUCGCUCGUCUCGGUAUGGACAGCUGCGCGAAUAGGUGGUGCCGACAGUCACAGGGAUCAUCCUUGUUUCACGAAUUUGUAUCAUAUGUUAAUAAACAAAACAGUUUUGGAGCAGUUUCACUGUCCUCUUCGUGACAA